ACCCCACAGCUGCCGCCAUGCCGUCCCAGAUGGAGCACGCCAUGGAGACACUGAUGUUCACCUUCCACAAAUACGCGGGUGACAAGAACUACCUGAGCAAGGAGGACCUGCGUGCGCUGAUGGAGAAGGAGUUCCCUGGAUUCCUGGAGAACCAGCGCGAUCCCAUGGCUCUGGAUAAGAUCAUGAAGGACCUGGACCAGUGCCGGGAUGGCAAAGUGGGCUUCCAGAGCUUCUUCUCGCUGGUGGCUGGACUGACCAUCGCCUGCAACGACUACUUCGUGGUGCACAUGAAGCAGAAGGGGAGGAAGUGAGAGAGGGCCCCGCAGCCCCAAUAAAGUGUUUUGUAUGA